AUGAUCAGAGCGAUAACACUCCAGUUGACAAGAGCCGCGAGCGGAAUGUUCUUACCCCGCCGCCGCCGUGGCCAACGCGAGGGAUGGUGGUGGUUGCUUCUCCAAGAAUUCGUCGUCACGGUUGUAUGGCUGUGCACUGCCCCUCGCGUACCGAAUUGUUGGUUGCAACCUCAGCGGAUGGCUUUCAGCUGGUUCGCUAGGUCAGACAAGCCUAACGACGAUGUUGAUCAGGUCGAGUAG